AUGAGCUCUUGACAACACGUGCGCUAACUCUCAGUACAGUUUUACGUUCGCGGAAAAUGGUCGUGUUUAUUGUGAUUUUCGCGCUUUUCGCGAUCCCGAUAGAAACUCUCGCGCAGACACAUGCAUCGAUAUACGUCGACGUGGCUCCCGAAGUGGAGAACCUGGAAGUUGAGAAGCGGUAUACACCUGAACUUCUUGAUGAGCUGCAGUCUGCAAAGGCCGAUGCGCUCCUCCUCUACACAGAGUACACGGCUCAGGCUAGCACAGAUAUGAAAACCUUUAUUAGAAAUAUAUCCCGAUUGACAGAAGAAACUGUGAGAGGCAUGAAUAAGACUUUACUGGAUAGCGCUCCUUCCACAUGCAGAACAGAAUUCGAAAAGCAACUAAAGAAGAUAGAAUAUGACGCUGACCGCGCUGCGAUGUUUAGCGCCGAAAAUCAUCACAAAUUUUUCUUGGGCCAUAUGAUCGUCUUUCGCAUGCAUUUGAAUAAGAGUGAAGAAUACAUACGAAAAUGCGAAACGAUUAUAAAAACCUGUGGCACUCCUUGUGAAACAACUCCUCGUAUGCUUCGAUGGAGGCGGCUUGCGUUAGCUGAGAUCAACAGGGUACGAGAUGACAUACAACAUUCACGACAAUCUUACAAGGAUCUCCUGCUCCAUGUACACCGGAAGCUAAACCACUUCCGGCGACGCGCCACCUCGCGGUCGAAAGAGGCCAUCGUAAGCUUAGAAGCUUGUACUAGGCACAGAUUAUGAAUUUAGACGUUCAGUUAAUACAUAUUUUGACAUGCUGAAUUUUAUAUAGUACAAUUAUUUUAAUGUUAUGAAUUAAUGUUUGUAGCAAAUUAACAACACAAAAGGUAACCUAAAUUAGGAAUUAUGUAAUACGUAAGAAAACUUACGAACAUUAAAUCCGCAAAACUAAUCACAGAUUUAUUUACGAGGCAAUAGUGGUCGCUUACGAAAUCACAACCUAUGAAUUGAUCGUUUACUUAAUACCGUUAGUUAAUACUUCUAUAUUCAAACAAAGACUCAUUUAGAAGCACGCUGGAGUUUGACCCCUUCGUAGUCGACCCUGAAAGAGCCCUGAAUAAUCUUCAGCUGCCGCACUGCACGAUGUAAUUCGUAGUUUCUUAAAAAAACAGUAAAGGACGGGAAUUCCUUUCAUCCAUCAAUAAAUUUUUAAUUGUGUAUAAAAAUAUUUAUAAAGAGAAAAGUUUACUAAAUUGUAUAACAUCCUUCCAUCCUGCCUUGUCCAGGCAGUAUGAUAUGAUUCCUCCAAUUGUUGAUUAAUAUAUAUAAUUGUUCAUUAAAGUUCCUAAUUGGUAAGAAAAAUUAUAAUGUAAAUGAUAUGAAUUAUCGAAUUUGAACGACGUUGAUAAACGAACGAGUAAUGUUAUUCUAGUAUUAAGUUUUUAAAAUAUUUAUGAGAGAAGAAUUUUUCUAUAUGAGGCUUGUUAAAACCAGUACUCCAUAAUGUUGUUACAUAAAUUCAUAUUAAGGGACAAAAUAUACAGGUGAAUGUAAUGAAGCUGUUGAAAAUUAUAAAUGUGCCAUACUCGUUACGAUGUAGAUAAUUAUUUAAGUUCUUGGUUUUAAUUCAUGUCUAUGAAUUGUGAAAUUUAUGUAUGUUAGUUUUCCGCUUUCUUGUUAUGCAAAACUUUCAUCCUAACAUUGCAACAGUUAUUUCUUGUUUAACGGUAUCGUUAAUUAAAGCUUUUAGCCUAGCAUAAUGAAAGUUGUAUUACAAUCCAGAUUUAUUUUAAUCGAGUCACAGCCAUUUGUCUAAGCUUUUGUAUUCUAUUAGAUGAUUUUGAUCUCGAUAUAUAGACGUUUUAACAUAUACUACCACACUUUGAUCCUAUUUCAUUGAUUGUUAUGUCAUAUUGUUUCUGAGUAAUAUAAACAUAAUUUAUCGACUCUUCUAUAUUAGAUAAAAAUACAUGUCUUUACUUUGAACUUCGCAAAACGGUCACCUAACUAAGAAGGGUUUCAACAAGUUAAUUAAUUAAUAGCACAGAUGUAGGGUGAUUUUCGAUGUUUUUAAAAAUGAUUAUGAAAGCAUUAGAAAUGCUUAUCGAAUACCAAAUCUGACGUUUCAUACUUUACCCCGCUACAAUUGUGCUGCCAUCUGAGUUGUAACACGUCCAACAGGACGAAAUAGUUAUGUAAAAUUGUACUUAGUCUCACUGUGAUAGUCGUAAUUUAAAUUGAAGUAAUCUAUUGUAAUAACAAAGUGUUAUGUCGAGAGUACAAGUAUUUUAGAUGAUAAUUUUUUUUGUUGUUAAUAUUAUUAAUAAGUAGAUUAUUUUUAUAGUAAAGUCUUAACAAAUGAUUA